AUGUUUUCAACCUUUCAUAUUUUACCUAACAGACCAGUCGUUAUCUUUCUCCCUCGAUUAAAUCCAUUCUUAUUACAAUGCUCUUUCUUCUUGGCUCCGCCACUUCUGACCAUUCCAUUCGUAAUCGGUGGAGCAAAAACAAAUCGCAGAGGAAAACGAAGAAAUCGCCAAGGCCGUCGUCGUCCGGUUGUGGCUUCUCGACUCUCAUCGACAGCCUGUAACAACCCUCCCCCAUUUAUUGUGUAUCCAAAGGGACAAGCAAAAUCAACUCAUAAUUUGAAGUCGAUUGGUUCUAUCACCGUUGGGAAAGAAGACUGCCAACCACCAUCACCACAAUUAUCUAAUACACAAAUCCAAAAUUUCAAUGAGGGGUUGAUAAGCUUAUUUUCCUACAUCCGUUGUUAUUUUGGAGGUAGUUGCUUCGCUUCCUUUCUGAAUCCCGACACCCUCACCCGGUGUAAGAAGAUUAGCUAUGGGAUAUGGCUGGCUGGUGUUUUGGUUACUGGAUAUAAUUUCAAAGCUAAAUCUACAAAAAAAAAACAGCCAGUUUUGGAGAAAGGAAUAGUGGAUCUCUCUAUUUUACACAAGGCACUUGUGGAGUAUCUUACAGUUGCUGACAAGGGGUGA